CGGUCGUUCGAUCCUAUGAAGUGAUUGAAUGAAUAAUCGAAUCAACCGCGAUUGAUACAACUUUACUUUUAAUUCGAAUGAUCCAUGGUGUUGAAUGACAAUGACAAAUGUUUGUAUAACUUUUGUUUGAGAGCAAGCAAAGUUUUCUGAUAUUGCGGGAGUAAAAACUUGUGCUUUUCAAUAUUUUUGAUAAAUUUGGAUUUUUCUGCUUUUAUUUUCGACAUGGAUAAAAGCAAGUUUAGACAAAUGGAAGAUGAAAUGUCCCGAUUUGAAGCAGAAAUUGCGGGUCAGCAAAUGAUACCAACCUACGGGUCUACUUAUCUUGCAGGUUUUGGUAACAUCCCACCACCCCCGCAACCUCCAAUAUUAAUUCCCCAUCAAGUAAGUAAGAUUGGUAAGCGAUACGACGUUUACACACAACAACCAGUGAUUACAGCACAACCUGCUGUUGUUUCCGCAAAACCAACAUUAUAUACAGCUCCUAAAAUCAGCCCUGCUUCAGCAACAACCACUCAAACUUCACAGAGUUCAGUCGAUUUUAUGGCUUUACAGUCUGAAGUUGAAAAGAAAUUGAAAAAGUUGAAAAAUGAAAAAGUUAGUGCUGAACUUGCUAUUUCACAAGGCAAAGCAAGUAGUGCACUUCAAUCAUUUGGUCCUGAAGAUUACAAAAGAAGAGGUACCAAAAAUCGUAAGCUGAUGAGGACAGCUGGAGGUCAAACCUGGGAGGAUCAUUCUCUAGCUGAUUGGCCCGAUGAUGAUUUUAGAAUAUUUUGUGGUGAUCUGGGAAAUGAUGUGACUGAUGAACUUCUUACUAGAACGUUUAAUAAGUAUCCAUCUUUUCAAAGAGCAAAGGUGAUUCGGGACAAAAGAACAAAUAAAACCAAAGGUUAUGGAUUUAUUAGUUUCAAAGACCCAGCAGAUUUUACAAAAGCAAUGAAGGAAAUGAAUGGUCGUUAUGUGGGUAGUCGUCCAAUUAAACUGAGAAAAAGUACUUGGAGAAAUAGAUGUAUUGAUAUUGUUAAAAAGAAAGAAAAAGAGAAAGCAGCCCUUGUUAAUGUACUGACAUCAGGUGGAAGAUAAACCAUUCUUGAAAAUUUAAAUUUGCUUUUAUACAAAAUAUUCGAAAAUUUUGUGGGUCUUAUUUAAUGAAUGUCAUGUCAUACUGUUGUAAUAAUAUAUUAUUAAAUAGUCUUUUAAUUUGUGUCAAAUACUAUUUUUCACAAAAAUGA